CCGCCUCCAGCAAUAAUCUUUUUAAUUGCACUCAGCUACAAACAGAUUUUUCUUAAGUGCCCUCUCGCGUUGUGCCCCCCACCUCCGCUUUGUCACAGGUUUUUGCCACGACGCCCAUCUCCUACAGCAACUUCUCUCUGCCUUGUGCUCUGACCUCCUCUGGGCUCCAGCCGCUCCCGAGCCUGCUGGAGAGAGGCUUAGCAGGACGCGCAGCGAUGCUCCGGAAUGCAGCUGGGCUGCCGCGGCCCCUGGCCGGCUUCCGUGCCCGCCGGCGGCGGAGUGCCCGGCCCGCUCCCCGCUGUCCUGCCCCGAGGGCAGUCCGAGAGGGAAGGAGGCAGGAACGCCCGCCCUGUGCCCCGCCGGCGGCGGGCAGUGGUCCCUAAGCUCGGUCCCUCGCUAGCUGCAGCCUUUGCCAUAUCGGUAUCCCGGAACAGGAAAGUCCCGGUUCAUCUUGCUCCCCUAAGAUCCUGUCUCCCUCCUCCCGCUCCCCUCCCUCUGCCCCUUCCUGCCUUUGGCCCGUGCGAGAGGAGCCUGUUCUCUCCUCGCGGGACGGGGCUGGGGCGCUGGGGGCAGCGGGCAGGGAAGGGGGACUGGGCUCUGGGGACCAUCCGCCUGGGCUCAGCCCCCUGCCCGGAGCCAGCGGUCCGGCGCCCGCGGGCAGGGCUGCCUGGAGCCCUCAGGGUUGAGCUGAGAUCCUGAAAAUAGUAAUUUCUUUUUUUUUUUUUUUAAUUUCUUUUGUUGUUGUUUUAUUUUGAUUUUUUUCUCUGCUCUCGGUGCUUCCGAAGCGCCUGUAAGAUUUGCAGAGUGGGAGAGAGAGAGAGACUGGGGGAGGAGGAAUUAAGGAAAGGGAAAAGAUGGCGAGUUGCUGGAGCAGUGUGGAGAAAGCGGCAUUUUUGUGCUGCCUUUUGCUGGCAAUGGGGAGUCUCAUCUGCUGCGCCCGGCCGGCAGAGGAGGAAGAGCAAGAAGAACAGCGCUCCUGUCACGGUGCCUUUGAUCUCUACUUCGUCCUGGAUAAAUCUGGAAGUGUCAAAAAUCAUUGGACUGAGAUUUACUCCUUUGUGGAAAGCCUAGCUGAGAAAUUCAUAAGCCCAAUGCUGCGGAUGUCCUUCAUUGUGUUCUCUUCACGGGGCACUACGAUCAUGAAACUGACAGAGAACAGGGAAGCCAUAAGACGAGGACUCGACAUUCUUAAGGAAGAAUUGCCUGGAGGAGACACGUUCAUGCAUGAAGGAUUUAAAAGGGCAAAUGAGCAGAUUUACCAUGAGACCUAUGGAGGAGUUCGGACCGCCAGUGUGAUCAUUGCCCUCACGGACGGCGAGCUGCAAGAUGCUCAGUUCUAUUAUGCAGAGCAAGAAGCAAACAGAGCCAGAAGUUUUGGAGCUACUGUUUAUUGUGUUGGAGUGAAAGAUUUCAAUGAAACUCAGCUGUCAACGAUUGCUGACAGCAUCGAUCAUGUUUUUCCAGUUAAAGGAGGCUUUUAUGCCCUAAGAGGAACCAUUGAUUCAAUUCUGAAGAAGUCUUGCAUUGAGAUCCUGGCAGCUGAGCCAUCCAGUGUUUGUGCAGGAGAAUCCUUUCAAGUUGUGGUGAGAGGCAACGGCUUUUAUCAUGCGAGAAACAUCGACCAGGUGCUCUGCAGCUUCAAGCUCAAUGACAGCCUUACUAUCAAUGAAAAGCCAACUUAUGUUCAUGAUACAUACUUGCUUUGCCCUGCCCCUGUGAUAGAAGAUGCUGGACAGGUGGUUUUCCUACAAGUCAGCAUGAACAAUGGGCUAACAUUCAUCUCCAGCUCUGUCAGCAUCACCAGCACACAUUGUAGACUCCCUCCAUUUCCUUUCCCCUCCUGUUUCCUUUUCUGUGGGUGGCAGUCAGCUGGCCUGCUCAGCUCUCCUCCCCAGCUGGUCCUUCUGUCUUUUCUGUACAUGGUGAUCAAGGAGCCGCCUCCACCACCACCUCCAGAGCCUGACUCAGAUGAUGAAGAUGGAUUGCCAAAGAAGAAGUGGCCAACCGUGGAUGCAUCUUAUUAUGGAGGCCGAGGUGUUGGUGGGAUUAAGAGGAUGGAGGUGCGAUGGGGAGACAAGGGGUCGACAGAGGAAGGAGCAAAAUUGGAGAAACCCAAAAAUGCUAUUAUUAAGUUGCCAGAACAGGAGUAUGAACCGUGGGAACCCAAGCCAAAGAAGCCCCAUGUGAGAAAACCACCUUCCCAGCGAAAAUGGUACACUCCAAUCAAGGGUAAACUUGAUGCACUGUGGGCUUUGGUUCGACGAGGCUAUGACCAAGUCUCUCUUAUGAGACCACAGCCAGGGGAUAAGGGAAGAUGCAUAAACUUCACCCGUGUGAAGUCGGAUGGCACCUCUGCCCCUUACAGCCCACCGCCGAAGCUGCCCUUGCGUGACAACGCUCCCCUCAACAACGUUCCAAGGAGCCCUUCCUCUCCUGUGUCUCUGCAGCCUCCUUCCAGGCAGCCACCUCCUGGGCCACCUCCAUCCCGAGCCCCUCCUGGACCUCCUCCUUCACGCCCACCCCCGCAGCCCAUGGCUUAGAGUGCAGCAAAACCUGAUCAACACGACAUGUCUCUUUGCUGAACACAGCAUAUUUAUUGAGUAUUGGUUUACAGUUAAAGAUAUCAGAAUUUGUUGCUGGUCAGCAAAAAGAAAAAAAAAAAAGAAAAAGGGAAAAAAAAUAUUGCCAAGUGUCAAUUUUAGUGUAUGAAUAUAUUUAUACCACACGUGCUGAGUAAACAUUCAG